AUGUCUACUCGCAGCUACCAACCAGUUCCAAAAAUGGAACCCGACAGCGACAAUGCAGAUAGCGAGGUGUCUUUGACCGGUCGCCCGCGAAGUCGCUUGAUGUCAGGCUUCUUCAAGCGAAAUCUGGCUGCAAUAACGAUAACUGGCCUCAUUCUGGUCCUGAUACUCCUAGUGAUGGCAGUAAUUGCAGCAAUCACGAUAGAACCAUUUCGACAAGUUCUCAUUCUCAGAACAUCCUCAACAGGGUCGAAUCAUCUCAAAGGUCAACGGCAAUGCCUGCCAACAGCUCCGCGUACAACUCUCUCGUGUGGAAACUCGACAGCAGAAGCGGAAGAAAAAGGCUGCACGUAUGAUCCCUUGUCCGCAUGCUGGCUCCACCAAGAAUGCCCGCGAGAUUACUCCGAUGUAUUCGCCACUUUCAACGAUGGCAAACCUUUCAUAUAUUACUAUGAUGAGGCGGCUACUCAUCGAAUGAAAGACUAUACCGAAGUUGGGCAUAACGAGAACGGAUACUACUGGACAUCAGUACGUGAACACCUUGUGCACUGUCUAUAUCUUUUGAGACGAGGCCAUGAUGUGCAUAUGCGUGGGGAUCGGCUCGAUAGCAUGCUGGCCGAUAUAGACCAUGUGGAUCAUUGUACGAACUUUUUGGCAAAUUGGUUGCGGCGACCAGAUCCUUCAUUGGAACAUCUUGGUACGCAAGGGAAAACAGAUUGUUUCAUGUCUUGCAGUUGA